AUGCCUAAAACUGCAAAAAACCCUUUGGAAGAUCUGGGAAGAAGAAGAUCAUCGCGUGUGAGGUUUUCAAACGUCAACUAUAAUGAAGACGAUUCACAUGAUGAGGUGGAAGACAAAGACAAAGAGGUAGUACAGCAGAAUGAGUCUAGUUCCGACGAAUCAGAAAGUGAAAAUGAUAAAGAGAAAGAUGAUGAAUAUGUUCCUAGUGGUCAACAUAAAAAGAAAAGAAAAGAUGCCAGUAACUCAACUAGACCACGCUCCAACCCAAAGAAAUCAAGAGGGAAAAAACAAUCGUCCAAAAACUACUACAAUGAAUUAGAAGAAAACUUGGUAGAGAAUAAUAUUUUCAAGUCGUUGGAAGAUCCUGAAGUUUCGAUUGUUGAACUUGCUAAUGACUGGUUGGAAGAAUACCAAGAAAAUAAAGAUAUCGCAACCAAAGAUUUGAUUAAUCUAAUUUUGAGAAGCUGUGGCUGUUUGUCUCAAUUAGAGACACAUGAUGUCUACAAUAUCGAAGCAUGCUCUAAUACUGUUACCGAGCUCGAGGCUAAUUUUCAGAAUCAAGUACUUCAUGAGUUCCCAUUUACUAGUAAAUCAAGGAAUUUCAAGCAUUUUAAGAAUAACUUCUUAGAAUUCUUUAAGCAGACCAUUAUUCUUUCGAGUGAGAAAAACAUUCUUAUUGGAGAUCCCUCUGAUGCAGAAAAAGACGAAAAUGAAGGUGCUGAGGAAGAAGGUAGCUUUUUUGAAAAUUUGCUUAUUUGGCUUUCUCAUUUGUCAGCCAGCACCAUAAGACCGUUAAGAUACGUGACUACUAAUAUAUUGCUAAGUAUUCAAACAACAGUUUGUGAGAUUUACGUUAAAGUUAUUAAGAACCAGGAUAAGAAUUCCAACAAUUUAAAUGCUGAAAAUGAGAAGCUUGCGGCUACCCAAAAGAAAUUGAAAGCCAAAAGAAUAUCCAAGGCUGAACAGCAAAAAUUCAAUCGUGAUCUUAAGAAGCAUCAAAAUCAUAUUGAGUCAAUUAAAAAGAAUUUGAAACUUUAUGAAUUCAACAAGUCCGUUUUAGGUGAAUACUUGUUUGACCUUUUCGAAACAGUGUUUGUAUUUAGAUUCAAAGAUACUGAUACAAAAAUUCGGAUAGAAUGUAUAAAAAGUCUAUAUACGUGGAUGGAUUUAUGUCCGGAGUAUUUCUUUGAGAACACAUACUUGAAAUAUUUUGGCUGGUGGCUAUUCGAUGAAAAAAUUUCUGUCAAAGCUGAAGUGCUAAAAGUUUUAACAAAGUUAUAUAAGAACAGUGACAACUCUAUUAUUAGCGGCUUGAAGCAAUUCACUGAAAGAUUUAAGAAAAUCAUCAUUAGCUCGCUUCUUAAAGAAAAUGAUCACAAUAUUAAGGCUCAGUGUUUAAAUGUUCUUAUUGAAAUCAAUAAGAUGGGAUUUUUAGAUGAUUCAGAGAUUUUGAAAAUCAAUAAUUUUAUGUUUUCCGUAUUGAAAAAUGAUGCCACUGAUGUUAUCAAUGAAUUUAACAACGUUCCUGAAAUUCAUAAGCAGAUGAAGAAUAACAGCAAAUUGUUGAAUGAAUUAGUCAAGUUUAUCAACAUUGUUGAAACUGAGAGAUCCAGUGAUUUAAUUGAAAAAUUCAAGUUGAAUAUAUCGGUGUUUGAAAAAAAUAACAAUAUUGGUAUCCAUGAAAUCAUCAAGUUCAAAUCGUUAAUCAAAAUAGUCAAUCACUCCAAGAAUUUCAAGAAUGGUACUAAUUCUGAAGAUGAAAAUGAAAAUGAUAAAGAUGAAGAAUUUGAGGAUGGUCUAACGUCCGACAUUUCAACGAUAGUCAAAAAGUAUUCUUCUGAACAUAUUCCAAAUGAUAUUCUGUCUUCAGGUUUCAGAAAGUUCUUCAUUAAUGGUAAUAGUAAAAAUAAAGAUGAACUACCGCCAGCCAUUUAUAUCAACGAGAUUUUUAGACUUGGUCUUCUAUUAUAUAAAAAUUUUCCUUCAUACUUCAAGUCUUGGAAAUUCUUACUCCAAUAUUUGACCACGGAUUUGUCGUCCUUUAACUUGGAAGAUUCUGAUAAUGCGGUUUCUGUCGAUUCUGAAUUUAAAAAGCUUCUCGAGUUGAAUGAAAGUGAAGAAUUCUUUUUAUUGUGCUUUUUGUAUGGUGUUUUAUAUGGUGUGCUAUCAAAAGAGCCAAUCAACUAUUAUAUUGAGGAUUACAGUGAAAAGAAGAAAACAAAAAUGACAAAGAAAGAACUUGAGCUAAAAAAAGCUGCUGAAAUGGAAGCCGAAGAGCUAGAAAAUGUAAAAGAGGCUAAUGCUAAAUUGGCCAAAACUAAUAUGGAUGAUGGUGUUGCGGAAGAUGACUCUGAUCAUGAGGAACAGGGAAUUGAUGUCACUUUUGAGGUCGGCGAUGAUGGCGCUGAUGCUGACGAUGAUCACGAUGAUGAUAUUAAUAAAGUUGAAUCAACUGAAAAGAUUAUUGGUCAAUUAAUUAAUCAUUUGCCGGUAUUGAUUGAAAAGUUUGAACCUUCUAGCUAUAACUUGCGUGUGAUUCUCAAAAUCUUUUUUGAUUUGGUGAUAGAUGAUGAGAGAGCAUUGAGCACAUCCAACAAUUCUUCGGAAAGUUUUAUUAUAUUUUCUAAGGUUAUCAAAAAGCUUUUGACUAUCUUUAAAAAUAUUAGUGGCUCUAAUAGUUCAGCAAAUGACGACAUCUCAAUUUUGAAAAUUGAAUUCGAAAAAUUCUUUGAAAUUGUUCGAAUUGCCAUCAAUAACGAUGAAUUAGAUAGUGAGUUCAAAUUGCUCAUUCAAAACUUGAUGAUUGAACUUUCAUUAGAACUCACCAAUGUAAUGUCUUCAGUGACAUCACAAGACACCUCAAUGACUAAACUAAAUGUUGCCAAGAAUUUGAUAGAUAAUGUUGGGUUAGUUAUCAAGAAGAUUUUGAUUGUUGGUCAGUCAUUUAACAUCUCUGAAUAUUUGAAUGAUGCUUUGAUUGAUGAAAUUGGUGAUAAAGUUAUAAGCCCUCUCGCUUAUUAUAAUUCAGAUGAUUUACUAUAUGAUUGUGAUGUCGAUGUAAUUGAGAUAUCGAUAUCUAAAAACAAAGAGAAAGAGCUGAACAGUUUUUCUAAAAAUUUUGAGUUGAUUUUAAACCUAUAUUUGAACUACUGCAGCUGGAAGCUAUUGAAAUUGUAUGACUUCGCUGAAGAUCAGUCUAGCACUUUUAUCAAUCAGUUGGAUGAUGCUUCACAAGAACAUAAUGGUAAACCUUCGAUAAGUAAAUAUCUUGGGAAGUAUCAGACUGUUAUUGAUCAAUUAGAAGAAUUUCUUAUUGGUGAUGAGUCUGCCAGAUUGAGUCAAUUGCUUUUUAAAUUGAAAAUGAAAGCUGGAAAAUAUUUGGCUGACUUGUUGAUUGCUCUCAAGUUGUUUCAAAAUACUUUUAUGAAUACUAAUAAAUUGAGUGACCACUUCGACGAUUUUGAUUUCUACUUGGAUAGCCAAAUCAAUUUAGACCUCAGUAUUGACUUGAAGAAAGCUUUUGAAACCAUUUUUUUGCAUUUAGAAAGUGAUAUGGCAAAGUACUUGAAUGUUCAGUUGGAUAGAAAUGAUGACGAAGAUGUUGAUUUUGGAUUUAUUGAAGAUGUUGAUGAUAAUAAAGAGGCUUCGUUUGAAUCCGAUAUGAUGCAGCAACGUAUAAUUAAUCAGGAGACAAAUUUGAUUAGUUUUGUCCUAAAAUUAUUGGAUUUGAGAAAUGUCAAAUUAGUUGAUAAACUCUUUUUGCAAAGAAUAUAUUUAAAUAAGAAGAAGCUUGGGGGAUUAUACAUGAGUGUUGUGGAUUCAAAAGAUAAUGUUGAUAUAUCAGAAGCUCUGACAGCUAUUGAGAAACAAGAAAGACCUUAUGAGUCCCAGGAAAAGCAUGACGAAAUAGAAAAGGAAGACCAAGAAACUCAAUUGAAUAAUAGUGAUGAAGAUGAAAUCGAUGAUAACAAAGAGCAGAUAGUUUUGAAAGCGCCUAGAAGACCACCAAUUAUUCAAUCUUCUGGUGCAUCCCAACUGAUUCAAUCUUCCCCUGAUGACCCAAUCAUCGAUGACAGCCAAAAUGAUAAUAACCUUGCUCUGUCAGAGGUUGGCAAAGGAAAAAAGAGGUGUACUUCUGAGUUUUUCAAAAAACCAAAUGGAGAGGAUCUUGAUGAUAACGAUUAUUUAUUGCUCUCUGAUACUGAUGCAUCGGCUGUUGGAAGCACCCCGAAAAGGAGAAAGACAAGCAGUAUAGUCUCCAAAAAAUCUAAAAACUCUGAUAUUGGAGCUAGAGCCAGUAUAUCAUCCAAACUUCGAAACUCAAGAGGAGUUGAUGAUAAUCUUAGUGACCUGGAUGUUAUUGAAGACUAA